AUGUCUACUUCCCACUCUACCGGCUUCCCCAUCACCACUUAUUCCGUACCUGGCGAGGCCAACAUGCUAGCCAAUGAACAAAUGUCCUUUGCCCGAGGGCAACAACACAACCAAGCUGACGUCUCUGACACCAUAGAGCUAAUGUCAGCCAAAAACGCCUACAUCUAUUUAUUUUAUGAAACAGAAAAACGCUGCCCCCAUGCGUACCACACACUCUCUUCCAUGCAUAACUUCCUUGCCAUAGAUCUCGUAGCUGAUGAACUGCUAAAAGCCAUAGACUCACUACAUUCGUUGGAAAACGAGCGUUCACAGCUCAGCAGUUAG